AAAGGAGUUAGAAGCAAAGAAGUCGAGAGAGAGAGAGAGAGAGAGAGAGAGAGAGAGAGAGAGAGAGAGAGAGCAUAAGAAUACACAGAAUGGGGCUCAGGAACACAAUUUUGUUGGUGUUGGUUUUUGUAUGUUUGAUCACAAAGAAGGGCUUCGCAGCACAACUCACAGUUGGAGGAAGCCAAGGUUGGGAUGAGUCCACAGACUUCAACUCUUGGGCAUCUGCCCAAAAAUUCAAGGUUGGCGAUCAACUUGUUUUCAAGUACUCUUCGGGGCUGCACAGCGUGGUGGAGCUACCAAAUGAGAGUGCCUACAAGAGCUGUGACCUUGGCGGUGCAUUAGCCUCCAAGAAUACCGGCAAUGACGUUGUGAAGUUGACCAAGGCUGGUACACGAUAUUUUGCUUGUGGCACUUUAGGCCACUGUGGCCAAGGCAUGAAGGUGAAGAUCACUACUGUCGAUGGAAAUGCACCUUCUUCUCCGGCAUCGGCAUCGUCAUCGUCGUCGUCUUCUGAUGCUUCUCCUGCUUCAACUUCCCUGCAUUCCAUUACUUCAUUCGUUGUGCUUGCUGCAUUAUCUGCAACCGUUGUUCUGCCUUCUAUGUUUUGAACUUCGUUUGAGGGUAUUUGCCCUAUUGGGUCUAGUUAUUACCACCAUGGACGUAUCAUUUUAUUUGGAUUUUGGAGAUAAAUUAUAGCCAGUGCUGAGUUUGUGAUUCAAACUCAGAACUUGAUAUUUUUGGUUUUGUUUCAUUGUGAAUGAAAUUUGAAGGAAGAGCAGAAUAAAAGUGGUAGGGAUUGCUAUAUAUAA